GUUUUUGGGCUACUACUACUCUUCUUGAUGAUAUUAUUAUUGUGUAGGAAAGGAGAAGAGCUUUUUCAUACUUUAUAGCACUACGCUCUCAGUUGGUAUAAGCAAGCCAAGUAAUUUAACGACGGCCGAACCUCUCUCUCUCUGAGAGGAUCUCCACCAGCGUAUUCCAACAACCACCACGACUCAACUAAAACGCACUAAUUGUCUUUAAACUGUGGGGAUUUAUUUGCGAAUACAAUUUUACCUCGGUUCCAUAGAUCUGGAGAGGAUCCACCUUUAAAGGGACAGUGGUUUAAAUUCGCUGCGAAAUUCUGCCACGGAAUAAGUACAAAAGCACAUUUCUCUGGGCGAAAGCUCCCUCCAAGUGCUCCGAUCGCAAAAUAGGAGGGAACCACACGGACCGACCGAACGAUUGGAUUGUGAGAUCCGAUAACGAUAAUAAAAAAAUAACACAUUCCGAAAUAUUAAGAACAACAACAAUUUAAACGAGAAUGAGCAUGGGUUUUUCCAAGACAGAGAUAUUAUUAGCAGCAAAAUUAACUUUACAAGUUCAUCUUCAGGGCGGGUAAUAAUAAACAAAAAAACAAUUGCCCUUCCCUCCUUUGCCGAGUAAUAGGAAUGGAUAGUUAUAUAAAACAUUAAUAGAAAUUAAAUACCAGGAUGACACCAAGGUCGCAACGUCACUUUAAAGUGUGAGACACAACUUUUGUUUGAUAAAUAAUUAAAAUGAUGAUGAUGAUGAAUCCAGCAAGUUGAAAUUGCAUUCAAGGAACAUUUCCCAUAAAAGAACAAUGUGUUCCACUGUGAGUAUUUUAGGGUUGAAUAAUAAAUAAUAAUCAAUAAGAAGCCAAUAUUUAUAUAUAUAGUGUUUUCUGGGUUUUAAUAACGAAACAAAUAUAAACGACAGUGCAAACUGAUAUCGGUGAAAUUAUAUUGUUGAGAGUCACAAGUUCGCCAUGUGGUGCCUUAAUUUCUGAGAUAGAAAUUAAGCCAAUAUCACUUGUGGAGGAUUAUUACUGUUGAAAUACUUGAUCCAUCCUAUUAAAUUAAUAUUUUCCCUGUGUGAGACUUAUGUAAAGCGAACCAGGGAUAAAGUGUUGUUGACUUUUUGUUAGUUUCCAUUAUUAUUUACUUAUUCCUGUUAUGUUUGUUGUGAUAUUUAGUAGUUAAUUUAUUAGUUUACUUACUUAAUAUCGUCAUCCAUAAAGAAAUAAAUUGCUAGUUUCUGUUUCCUGGAAGUGAAAGCAACACGACUUUCUCUCUCUCUCGACGGGGUACGCGGAUUGUCAGUCACUAAGAAAAAUUGAAGCUUACUUUCAUCGCUAACCAGGCGAUGGACGGUGCUGGUCGUGUCGCAUUUUCUUGGGAGAUACCAUGCAUUGCGCACUUUUGUUCCUUGUUUCGUUUAUAUUUCGAUCUUAUAGAUUUUGACAUUGAGGAGUUGGAAGAAGCCUUGCUCACGGAUAGUGUAGAGGAAGUGGCAAGUUCGUUGCUGCAAGACUUGAUAGUUCAACUUCUCAAGGGUUGCUUCAAUUCCAAGCACGAUGAAAUCACAACAUCCAACUAUCAGAUGUACCUACGGAGACUCUUUCGCAAAAAAUGCGAGGAGGGCUCAACCAAGGACAAUCCUUUUGAAACCGAUGCAGCAUUCCACUCUCUCCCCGUGAGCAUAAAAGUAAAAAUUUUGUACGACUUAUGCGAUUUCCGUUUGGACAAUGAGGAUGUACCUUUAAAAUUGGAGUCCUUGGAGUCCGAUAGCUUACGCGUAGAACCCUUGGGUCGAGACAGUGGGGGAAGCACAUACUGGUAUUUUUACGGGACCCGGCUUUAUAGGGAGGACUACGGGAGCGACAAAUCGGCAGCCGGACGAAAACGAGGGAGAAAGGAGCUCCACUGGGAAAAAUCUUUGAGCAAAUGGCAGGUCGUUUGCUACACUGAAGAAGAUUGGCAAGUGUUAACACGCAAAUUUAAAAACUGCAAAUCUAUCCACGAAAAGAAUCUCCACCGCACUCUCAGCUCUGACUUUCUCCCUGAACUUCCACGCCUAUUUGCCGAAAAGGAGAGACUGCAACGGAAGCGGAUGCUAGAGCAGCAACUCCGUCGCAGUGGAAGAUCCGUGUUAUCAGAACCAAACCAACACCAUCAUCACCAGCAGCAGCGAGAAGAUAUGCCCGUCCAACAAUCUCACAAAAAAACUAAACACGCUUCUAGCGAGGGUGGUGGUGAGGAAGGGAGAGAAAGUGUUAGCGAAUCGGGCGACAUGGAAGAAGAUGAGCUACGGCGACAAAGGGAAGAGCAGGAGAAAGCAGACCGGCUUCUGGCUGAGGAGAUUGAGAGGGAAGAAAGGAAGGCACGACUUCACCUCCGAGAAAGAAGGGGUGGCGGAGUCCCACCCUCUCAACCAGUGUCAUCCGUACCCACGAGGAUAUCAAAUAAUGACAAGUCCUCCUCCUCAAGAUCUGGCAGUAGUUCUAAUAGGAAGAAAAAUAUUCGAGGUAGUAGAAGUAGUUCAGCCACGAGUAAGUCUCCCAGCAAAUCCCCGGCAAAGUCCACUCUUACCAAAAAUGGAAGCAAAAAGAAGACGUCUCCUGAAUCCAAGAGGACGACCAAUAACUCUUUAUCCACUAUUCAAAGUGCAGUUUUGUCCAAAGGUGCUAAAAAAUACAACAAGGAAGAUGAUGAUAGUGACGAUGGCAGAGGGGAUGAAAGAUCAGAUGUGGAGGAGGAUGACGAUGACGACAACCCACGAGAUCCGUCCAGUGAUCGGGAAGAACCAGCAGAGGAUGAGAAAGGAGAUGAAGGGUCCACCUCUCGCUCCUCAUCUCCAGCACCUGUUAAAAAAUCGACCAAAAAGGUUUCCACGAAAGCGAAACAGAAAAGUAGUUCAACGGACAAGGAGAAACGGUCCAAGUCCAAAGACAAGCUGAAAGACAAGGACAGAAAAAAGAGAAAAAUGAAGAAGGAAAAAUCAAAGGAUAAAGAUAGGGAUCGACAAAAGCAGGCGAGCAAGAGCAAACCCACCACUGAAAAGGCUUUAUUCGAUACUAAUCACGCACCACCAAUUCAUUCCAUGCUGGGAAUGUCCAAAGCCAAAGUUAAAAGCAGUGUACUGUUUUCACAAAGUGAAGAAGACGUUCAAAUCGGGAUGCAUAAAGUGGUUGAAUCAAUAAAGAACCACGGAGACGCUUGGCCUUUUAUGAAUCCAGUUGAUGAAGAUUACGCUCCAAACUACUACAAAGCAAUCUCUUCACCAAUGGACCUUCAAACGAUGGAGGACAAACUUGACAAUCAAGAGUACGUCUCACUCGAAGAAUUUAUCGCAGACUUUCAGAGAAUUGUGGACAACUGUAUAAAAUAUAAUGGACCUUCUAGCGAGUACACCGAAAUGGCGGAAACAUUACAGGAUGCGUUUCAUAAAUCUGUCCAGCGAUACAUUGCCCCCGACGAAUCUGACGAUGAAGAAAUCAGCAUUGAAUACAGCAACAUGGGUUCAGAAAAGAAACGACCUCGAACUCACUCUACAAAUAAUAAAAAGGACGAGAAGUCUAGUGAGCACAAGAAAGAAAAUCAAUCUUCAACCGAUAAAAAACAGUCAUCAUCCAAAUCUAAGCAGUCCAAAUCAUCGUCCUCAGAAAAGAAGAACAAAGUUGACAAAAAGUCCAAGAAACAUAAACUAAUGCGACAUCACAGUCGAGAUUCGGAAGCAAUUGAAAAUCUCGACACUGCCACGGCUGAGACCUUGAAGGAUAUUGACAAGUGGUUGGUGGAAACUCCUAAACCGACCGAGUACGUCAGUUCUGGAGCUGCUGCAUUUGAUAACCUCCGAAAUCGAAUUCUCGAAGAUGACAAUGAUCGUGAUAAACAUUCUCCUCCCAAAAACUCCAGUCCUACUAAUAUAAUCGGUCAUAAACGGAAACUGGAGGAAAACUCUCCUACUGCUACGUCUCGGCCUCAACCGUUUGUUAAAAGCAAAGAAGCCAAGCGACGAGAUUAUAAUGAUGAAAAGGACGAAGACUUCACACCACCCAAGAAAAUGCCAAAAAAAUCAGAUAAACCGAGUCCCAAGGACAAGUCAAAAUCAGAAAAAUCCAAACAGAAAAAGUCCAUGACCACAACGGGAAAUGUCAAAUUAAAGAAAAAUUCGGAUAAGCAGAAGCAUCAUUCGUCAUCGUCCAAAACGGGCAAGGAUAAGCGAUCAUCCCAACAUCACCACUCAAGCAAACAUCAACGUCACAGUAGUGGUAGUGGUAGCAGCUCCAAGCAGCGUGACUCUACUUCUCCUCCUCCAGUUCGACCACCAUAUUCCAAGUCAAACGGUCCCAACAAUAAAGUCAAGAAGAGGACUGACUCCAUUAUAAAAGAUGACUAUUCCUCCACCACCACUAGUCCUGGUGACAACAACAGUGUCACAGAGUCAAAACCAUCGUUGAAACAUUCAAAAAGUUUUGAAGAUAAGAAACACAAAUCCCCAGUUAAACGAACCAAUAGCCUUUUCACAACUUUGAAGGGUCCCGGAUCCAUCAAGAAGUUGCAACCAUUGAACAAGGGGAACAAGUUGAACUCGGUCGAGUCAAAAUUCAACAAGAUAGCCGGACAGUCUGACAUUUUUGGAGGUAAAGGAACACCUUCGGGAGGUGGCGAAGUUAACUCUGAGAAGCUAGUUCGAGGAGAUAAUAAUUCAGUGGGCGAGAAACCAGAGAAAAAGAAAUGCCUUCUCCUCAACGAUGCCCCCACUGACCGAAAGGGUGGACCUAAACUCAGCUUGGGCACCGUCCUCUCCACAGAUGCCAUUAAACUUGGAGGGUUUAAGAAGAAUGAGUACGAAGACGACGAGGACGCGACUCCUCCCUCACAAUAUUCUACGUCUACCAGUGGAGCAGGGAAAGUAGAGUCGUCCAACAAUGAAACAGCAGCAGCAACAACAGCAACAGGAUCAUCAGAGGUACCUGUCAAGGUGGAAGGGUCUAAAGCCAGUCCUCAAGGGUCAUCUAAAGAGGAGGAGGACAAGGAAGAGAAUGAUGACGAGGAGGAAGAAACGGACAGGAAAUUGGAGCCAAGCAAAGGGUUUAAGCCGGAAAAAUGCAUGCCAAACUUGUCAGCUUGGAUAAAAGCGUUUGGUGGUCCAACGAAACCUGUUCCUGGAUGUGUUGCCACUGCCCCAGUAAGCAACUCUCCUCACGGUAGAAAACCAGAUAAUGAUCCCAAGAGCUUUAAGGUUAUGGGGAGAGGUGUGGGCGAGUCAAACAACUCUUCGUCUUUUUCAAACAACGAUUCUUACAAGAAUGCUGGUCACCACAAGCAUUCUCCAGUGCCUAAAGGUGUCAGAAAGCAGCAACAGCAACAACAUGUGCUCCAUCCUGAACAACCUCCUCACUGGAACUCAAACUCCUCAACUCACGCUCAACAGCAGCAACAACAACAACAGCAUAAACCACCCGGUGAACCCCAUCCUACAGUGCUGAAUGAGCCGCAGCGUGAGCUAUCCUCCUCAUCAAACAAGACCCACAAUAAUCAACAACACAAGAAACAUCAUCGCCAUCGUAAGAUGAGUACGAGCAGUCUGUCCUCCCAAAGCGAGAGUGGCUCACCCCACCCCUUCAGCAAUCAAGACGGACCAGGAGUUAAUCCUCCUCGAUGGGUUGACGAGCACUGGGCCCAUUCGCAGUCUCAGUCCCCUUCCGCCUCGUCCCAAGUGAGUUCUCAGUCACCUGCAAACUCUCCCUUCUCCCCCGCCAUCAAUAGUCCGCCCCACACUCCACAAACUCCCCCCAGACCCGUGGGACCUGUCCGAGUUGGAUUUUAUCAGGAUAUCACAUCCCAGCACUCUAGUCCCGAGAAGAUCAAUGAACCACAUUCCAACUCCAACUCUAACGUAGCCUCUCCCUCCACUCCACCCACCCCGACGAACAAUCAUAGUACAAAUGCCAGUCGAGGAGGAGGAGGAGGACGAGAAAUGUCUUCGACUGGCAGUUCCAACAAAAAUAUUGGUGGUGGAUUUGGACCCUACAAUGCUCCCCAAAUAUAUACUCCUCGCUAUGCAGCCAGCACACCCUCUCCCAAUGUGGGUCCAGGCUCCAAUAUGCAGUCACCAUCCCCUGGAGGGAUGACCAGUGUGGAGUCACCACCUGCUGGCCCCAACUCCCCACAUUCACCCAACGUCCCAGAGUAUCGACCACCCUCAUACAGCCAGUCGUCAAAUUCUCAGCAUACUACUUCAGUUCUCAACAUUUCUGCAACAACUAUUCGCCCAGGUCCAAGUGUGGUUGUUCCGGCGCACUCUUCAUCAGCAGCCCAUCACAGGACGAGCUCUCUAAUUCAUCAUGGAGGAAGUCACUCUCCUGCUCCUUCCAUCCCUCCGUACCCACCUCCCACGAAUCACUAUGGCCAUCCUUCCUCGGUCGGACAGCCCCACCCGGAAGCUGCCCACAGCACCCCUGCAAUAUCUCAAGCCCAUCAGCCCGUAAUGGCUCACAUGAAUCAAGUUCAAGCCCAUUCACAAAUGAGCCAUCAACAGCAUUACGAGCGAUAUCCGCCGCAUAAUUACCAUCACCAGAUGAACUCUCCAUCUAGCAUGCCUCCGUCGUCACUGCCCUCGUCGGCAUCCAGUUACACCCAAAAUUUGACGGCCGCUCAUUCUCAUUCUCAACGACCUAGUACAGCUCAACCUUCUCCGUACCCCUCAAAUCCGUAUGCGUCCAACCCUCGAAACAUUAACAUUCCUCCAAACGUGUACACCAAUCCGAUGAGUGCGGACUCAGCAAUGAGCAGAUUUUACAAAUCGAGUGUGAGCAGUGGGGAACUCAGUCUUACUUCAUCUGGUGGAGGACAUUCAUCAUCUGCGGAUCAACACACUACUUCCACUUCCAAUAACUCAUCAUCGUCAUCAUCGUCCAGCUCACGGGGUCGAAAUAGUCGUUCGAAUGCAGCAGCAGCAGCCGCAGCUAAUGAGCAGCAACAGCAAGAGAUCCAAAGGAGGGAAACUGCUGCAAACUUGGAGGGAAAACUGGGUCAUAGUGAACUGAAUGGAUUUGUCCAGUGGCCACAUAAUCUUGCCUCACUAUCGCAAAUCGUGAACAGCAUCCCCAAUCCGAUGAAUGCUGUCGGGAUGGCGAAUGCGUAUCGUCAAUACCAAGAUCAACAAGCGAUGGCAGAAAGUAUGAGCAAGUAUCAAAGAGCGGCUGACCCAAGCGGGUACAGUUCUGCAAGUGGCGUCUCCGGUGGAACCAAGACUGGGAAUCCUCUCAACCCUCCAGCAGCUCAUUCUCAACCGGCGGACAAACUGCCGUCCGACAUCGACACUCCUGUCGUCACGAGUGUGACCAAUAGUCGAAGACAAGGCUCUAAGGCAGAGUCCAAAUCUUCAUCCAGAUCUCAAUCAAACUCCAAGAGCAGUGGUCAGGCGAUGGUUGCUGCAAGUGCAUUCAACUUUUCUUCCCUUUCCCCCGCAGAUCUUGCCCUCUAUCCUUCCAAGGACGAAGGAUCACUCUAUUCGGCAAGUCCACCAAGUCUCGCACAUCGUCCAGACCUGUACCCCUCGUCCACCUCAUCUUUCCACACCUCAUUCUCGCCCUCAUCCCGCAGCACCGCCGGGGGUGUGCCCGCCCCGUCCAUCUCUCCAUAUCAAAUCCCCCCUUUCAUAGGAUCUCACCCAUCCCCCUAUCAAUCUCAAAGCUCACAACCCUUCGCACACAGCCAACCACCCCGAGGACUUGUCGACCCGUACCAACAGUUCUUUCAGAGUUCUCCGCAUGUAAUGGGCUUAUUGCCACCGACCGGUUAUCCUUAUCCGCAUGGGCUUGGUUUCAACAGACCUGGAUGGAUCUAAUAAAAAGGGUGCACAAAAAUAUAUUUCGUUCAAAUUUAAUGACGACAACCACUUUUUGGUACUACUAACUAACCGUAGACUACAUAUUAAGUACUACCCUAAGUAACCGUAAGUCAGCAGGGGAACAUGAAUAAUCUGUAAUCUAGGAUACUUUAAGCAAUCAAUCAUUAUAUUAAUUUCACGUACACACCGACACACACAAUAAUAUUCAGUGGCAGCUUGACUUAUUUAAAGCCGUUGAGUUUAAUAAGACAUUAUCAUCAUCAUUAUCACUACUACUAAUGUAUACUUCCAUUUUCACAUUGUUCAUGGAACUCGUAACUUUGACAAACAAACAACUGCAUACUAAAGCUUUGAUUAUUAUUAGUUUUUACCAGAUAAUAGGGGUAUUCAUUACGAAGUCGCAUGUUCGCAUCCCAACAUAAUUUCAAAAAAAUUGCAAACUAAAUACUAGCCUUAGAAUGCGCAAGUUCGCCGAUGAAUUUUUUUGCGAACUUGCGAACUUCGUUUUUCUUGCUAACAAUGCGAACUCGUCGUGAAUACCCUUAAUAAUAAUUCAUGUUGUUCAAGAAAAACUGUCAGACAAAAUCAUGACGAGUAAUUUCAAUAAAAUAUGCAAGUAAUUAUUUCAA